CAAUGGUACGCAAGCGACCGGAUCAAAGUCAUGAAGAUUAUCGAAAAUUGGCAAAAAAUAAGCAUACCAAACGUCAUGAAAUCAGUCAGCAAGCACAAAUCGCCUAUAAGUCGGGCAAUAAAGCCAGAGCAAAAGAGCUUUCGCUAAUAGCAAAGCAGCUUCAACGCGAGGCGGAAACAUACGAUACCAUGGCAAAAGACAUUGUAUUUAAAGCCAAUAAUUCCUCUAGGGCGUCAAAAAGGCUGGAUUUACAUGGUCUCACGGUUAAAGAAGCAGAAGAGGUUGUGUCUGACCGAAUACAGAAGUUUAUCAAGGAUGACCAGAAAAAGAUGACCAUCAUUGUGGGUAAAGGAAAAAACUCAGCGGAUGGUGUCGCUAAGAUCAAACCAGCAAUCAUUAGGUUAUUAGAAAGAUACGAUGUCAAGGCUACGCUCAAUAAGCAGAAUGAUGGAUGUAUCCUCAUCGAGCGUUUACCUGAAAAUGAGCGUUUACCUGAAAAUGAGCGUUUACCUUUGGUCCAGCUUUUGCCUUCAAAUCAGCCUUCGUCUUCAAAGCAACUUGUGCCUUCAGCUCAGCCUUCGUCUUCAAGCUCGCGUUUACCUUCAAAUCAGAGUUCGUCUACAAGCUCGGCAAUGUCUUCAAAUCGACAAUCAUCUUCAAAUCAAUAUCUAUUUACAAGCCAGGAUUCAUCUACCAGCCAGGAUUCAUCUACAAACCAGUAUUCGUAUGAAGGGCGAUGUUCAUCUUCGUUUACAAUACCAUUGCCCUCAUAUCAGCAAUCGUCUUCAAGCCAGUAUUGGUCUACAGGGCAAUAUUCGUCUACAGGGCAAUAUUCGUCUACAGGUCCGUUAUUGACUUCAAGUCGCCUAUCGUCUUCGAGACAGUAUCCAAUAGCGCAGUAUUCGUCUACAAGCCAGUAUUAUUCGUCUUCAAACCGAGCUUCGGACAACCACCAGACUUGGAACAGUCGCUCAUGUUCAGAUGGCAACAGGGCAUCAGUUUGUGCUAUUGUAACCAGUUUAGUUUUGUUUAUCGGUACUUUGCUUUAUUUCCUCCUCCGUUAGAGGACAGGUGACAAACAUUGGUGUGGCAAAG